AUGCAGCUUCUCAGCGGCCUUGUUCUCGUCCUGUCCUCAGCAGUGGCUGUGGUAGGAUUUCGCUCGCCGGCCUUUGCGCCGAAACCCGCGUCGCCGAAGAGAGGCUGUAAUCGCGACAAUUGCUACCGACAGAUGAUCCAGAAUGCGGCGCAAGCUUCGACUUUCUGUCCGACCUACACUGCGACACCUUGUGCCGGUGCUGCAGCGCUUCCAACGUUUGUAUCGAUGUGCACUGGGAAUGUAGCAUCCCGAGUUUCCUCGGCUUGCUCAUGCAUUGUUCCUGCUACUAGUGCUUCGAGUUCCUCUAUCUCAACAACAUCAAGCUCGACGAUCACCGGCAGCGCCACGGCCUCAGCGACACCGACACAGACACCGAUACCGACACCGAGAGCGACACCGACAGCGACAGCGACCUGCCGGAAGCCCCCUGUCCGCAAGGAGUGGAGAGCCUUAAAGAGGAAUGAGAAGAUUCGCUAUAUUGCUGCCGUCAAGUGUUUGACAAGGCUGCCUGCCAUCUCAGGUAUCAAUGGAACCAUUAGCCGAUUCGAUGAUUUCCACGCUGUCCAUAACAUUCAGACACCAAACAUCCACUGGGUCGGCUUCUUCAUCCUCUGGCACCGCUACUUUAUAGCGGCUUAUGAGACAGCUCUGAGAGACGAAUGCGGCUGGACUGGUGGACAGCCAUACUGGGACUGGUCCCGCGACGCGGAUCCCACCAACCCGUCGUCCACAGCCAUCUACGAGACGGACGUAUUCAGCGCGACCAUUGGCUUUGGAGGCAACGGCCCCUUCCGCAACAACACGGCUGAGCAAAACCCCCUUGGGCUAACCGGCCGCACCGGCGGCGGCUGCGUCGCCGACGGCCCCUUCGCCUACCCCCACUUCACAGUCAACUACCCCAAAGGGCCCAAAUGCCUCACCCGGGACUUCAUCCCUAGCAUCAUGAACACGUUCGCGGCGCAGGCCAACGUCGACCUCGUCCUGGCCAGCGCAGACUACACCGCCUUCGCGAGGCAGAUCGAGAACGAGCCCGUCUCCAGCGUCCCGAACAUCCACGGCAGCGGUCACUUCGGCGUCGGCGGCGUGCUGGGCACGAUCGGGGAUGCCUCCAACAGCCCGGGCGACCCGCUCUUCUACCUCCACCACUGCAACCUCGAUCGGAUCCUGACGCGGUGGCAGGCGGUCGAUCCGGCGCGGCGGCUGCACGAGGUUGGGGGCCCGGUGCUGCCCUUUGACUAUGGCGGGGUGAAUGUCACGCUGGACUUUGAGAUUGACCUGUUGCCGAUUGCGCCGGUCAUCACGCUCCGACAGGCUCUAAAUGCCGAGGGUGAGGUUUUCUGCUAUAGGUAUGAGAAGGAGAAGGAUGAUCGACGUCGGCCGGUUGUAAUGAGGCCUGAACGGCAGCGAGAGCGCACAUCUGUAUAA